CAACAACCCCAUAUACGAUAUUUGGAGUGACAAGCCCCCCUAAAAAUCUUUCACAACCGAAGCAACAAACAAGAUGAGAUUUCCAGUGCCGCUGUUUGUUUUCCUUGCUGUGGCAGCAUUUCACAUGGUUAGCAGAUAUAUGAAAUGUUGUGAUGGCUUCUAGUGCUCUCAGCAUCUCUGGAGUCUGCAGAGAAAGAAGAAAAAGCUGCAAAGUAUGAUGGGCUAGCCGAGCUGCAGAAAAUAGAUCAGAUGGAGUUUGAGGCUGCUCAGAAAAACCAGGAAGCUCACAUGAAUGCUACUGAAGAUCAGAGUGGAGAUUCCCGCUACCUCGAGGCCGCUCAGGAUCACUCUGUGGAGGAGAGCGUGGACUCUCAGGAUGCCAAGGCAGCAGAAGGUGGUGGAAAUUCUGAUGCUGCAGGUCAAGGAGAGGCAGAGUCUGAGUCCUCUGAGGACGCAGAUGGGCCACAAAGGCAGGAACACCACGAGGUUGUAACUGAGGCUGUGGCCAGUUUGGAUGAAAACACUCAGGAUUCAACCAAGGAGCAAGAUGCACUGGAGUGAGAGGGCACAGCAGCACGUGGAUACCAGCACUGGCUCAUCAUGCAGUGUGCCAACUACCCCGAGCUUACAGUAAAUUAAAAAAAAGGGACCCAUCCUACCUGUCUGUAUAACCUGUCUGUCUCCUUGUUUCCUGUUUCCUGCCCAACACAAAGUGCUUUUUAAGAUUGCAGCUCAGAAAAUGCUGCGUCAUUUUACCUUCAGGCUGAAAUUUGACUCCCUACUUGUACUUAACAUGUGUCAAAAUUCAGAGAGCCAACCACAUACUAAAAGGACACAUUGUAUGUGAUCAUAAAUAAAGAACAAUGUACAAGAGUAGCUGCAGAUAAAUAAAUAUAACCUUUUAAAAUGAAAUGAGUGUAGACUUGUAGCUUUUCAGUAUUUAGAUUCAGUUUUUGUUUUUUCCAAGUUCAGUGUGAAUAAGGGCUACAGCUCAUGCCACAAUGUCCUGUGACCUGAUGUGUGAGCGAUAAAAUUAAGAAUACAUGCAGCAAUCUGAUCAUCACUGAGGCGAAGGAGGACUGGAUCCAGAUGGUCCAGGCCCUUACAUUUUUUGGGGUUGAACAUGGUCAGUUUAUUGUAGGCCUCCCAACAGCUUAUCAAGGUAAAAGAGAGAACAUAUGGAAUUAGAAAUGCUGUUAAUGGUGUUCGAAAUGUGUUUGAAAACAAGACAUGAAACAGAUGAUUGAUAAAGUUAAAAGUACUACAAGUCCACACUGAAGGCCUUAUAUCAAAAUUUGAUAUAAAAAUGACAAAACAAUGAGUAGAAAAAUGAGUUUAAAGAAAAGUAUGUGCAAAAGAAUUCUAGAAAACAUUAGUGCCAACAGCAUUAAUAAACAACAUGCACACUAUUAAUUUAAGAGGUGUGCUCACCUGUCACAGGACAGCUGUUGGACAGGUUUCUGUUUAUUUUGUGCAGAGAACGGCAGGAAUGAUUUCCUCAAGGAUUCUCUACAGCAGUGCAGUUGUGUAAGAAUGAACCCUGCUGCCUCUGUAAUGCAGAAUGGAGCAGGUUUGUUCAAACCUUCUGUCCCUCAGCGACUCAAAUGCCCCCAGAUUCUGGCCAACUUUUGGAUUAGUUUGUUGAUCCUACUAGCAUCUCUGGCAGCAAAGUAAGUGGCACUCAUUACCACAGCCUGGCAGAUCUCUGACAUCUUGCUGCAUGCACCGGAAGCACCUAACCUCAGAAAAUAGUGUGGAGCAGAUAUUUGUUUUGUGUUACAAAUUGUCAAAAUACUGUUGAGAAAAAAAAAAAAAAAAAAGUUGGAGUGAGGGGGGUAUUAUAUUUUAAAGUGUUGAAGGCCUUCCAGAGAUGUUCAAAAGAGGGGAAUUUUAAAAAAUAAAUAAAUAAAUAAAUCUGUACACAGAUA